AUGGCUCCUUAUUCAGCCCCUGGCCCUGCUCCUUAUUCAGCCCCCGGCCCAGCUCCUUACAAGUUUGGCCCCACACCGUAUCCAAAUACAGCUCAGUAUUACGGACCCACUUCCGGAGCCCCUGGUUACAACAUGGGGCCAACACCAUACCCAAAUACUGCGAGGAUAGGUCCGUAUCCAUCACAGAGCCCUGGAUAUCAGCCUCCUUAUGGUAGUCAAGCCCCACCUCCUGGUCCUGUCCCGCCUCCAGUACAAGCUCCGACAGCCCCAGGCCCGCCUUCAGAACAAGCUCCACCUGACGGUCAAGCCCCACCUCCAGGACAAGGUCAACCCCUUCCUCUUGGACAAGAUCCAUCUGAAAGUCAAGCUACAACUGGUGGACAGGAUGCGCCUGAAGAUACAUCCACAACAAAGGCAAUCAUAUCAGAGGAAGAGGAUGCAGCGAAAAAUCUCCAAGAUGAUAAUGCUGGGGAUUCAAAUCCUGAUCAAACAUCAUCUGAGAAGCCUCCUGAUCCACCCCAGGAAGACACUUCGGAUCCUGAUCCGUUUGGACCGUUUCAAUCUCCUCUCCCUGAUUCUGUUCCUGCUCCUGUCGCACCUAGUGCCACUACUUUCCGUAAAUAA